GAGACCACUGUUAUCGAAAAUCCUGAGCUGAAUAGCCGUGCGGCUACACGAUUUUGCAGAGGAAGUGAAUAAGUGAAUAGGCAAGCGGUCCCAUCUUCCAUCCUACGAACGAACAACCAGCAACGUCCUACAUCAUCGCCGCCAAACCCCAGAAAGAAAUACCAGUAAUAGCAGGAUGGCACAGGAAGGUCAAGAUAUCCCCACGUUCAAGUGUGUGCUAGUCGGUGAUGGCGGUACUGGCAAGACGACGUUCGUCAAGCGCCACAUGACCGGCGAGUUUGAGAAGAAGUAUGUGGCCACACUCGGCGUGGAGGUGCAUCCGCUCAUCUUCCACACCAAUCGCGGCGCUAUUCGUUUCAAUGUCUGGGAUACGGCCGGCCAGGAGAAGUUUGGUGGCCUGCGCGACGGCUACUAUAUUCAGGGUCAGUGCGCUGUCAUCAUGUUCGAUGUGACGUCUCGUGUUACCUACAAGAACGUACCCAACUGGCAUCGUGAUCUGGUCCGUGUCUGCGAGAACAUACCCAUAGUACUGUGUGGCAACAAGGUCGACAUCAAGGAUCGUAAAGUCAAGGCCAAGAGCAUCGUCUUUCACCGGAAGAAGAAUCUGCAGUAUUACGAUAUUUCUGCCAAGUCGAACUAUAACUUUGAAAAACCAUUCCUGUGGCUGGCUCGUAAGCUGGUCGGUGAUCCAAAUCUGGAGUUUGUUGCCAUGCCAGCUCUUCUGCCGCCCGAGGUUAAAAUGGACAAGGAUUGGCAGCUGCAGAUCGAGCGGGACUUGCAGGAGGCCCAGGCGACCGCUCUGCCCGAUGAGGAUGAGGAUCUAUAAGCAUAUUUAUAAUUAAUAUCCGGCCGGCUUACUACACAUCCUCAAACAAACACAAACACACACAC